AUGGAUGUUCCUGCAGACGCCCACAUCAACUAUGAAGACGCCAUCGACUAUUGGACAGAUGUGGAGGCCACCGUAGACGGUGUCCUAGGUGGAUACGGGGAAGGAACGGUAGUGCCCACGAUGGAUGUGCUAGGGUCCAAUCAUUUCCUGCGUAAACUAAAAUCUAGGAUGCUCCCUCAAGAGAACAACGUGAAGUAUGCUGCAGACAUCGGCGCAGGGAUUGGACGUGUAAGCAAAACUAUGCUUCACAAGCAUGCCGCCAAGAUCGACCUUGUGGAACCGGUGAAGCCAUUUGUCGAGCAAAUGCACACUGAACUGGCUGAACUGAAGCACAAGGACCAAGUUGGACAGAUAUACGAGGUGGGAAUGCAAGACUGGACGCCUGACGCCGGCAAGUACUGGUUAAUCUGGUGUCAAUGGUGCGUGGGACACUUACCAGACGCAGAAUUCGUUGCGUUCUUGAAGAGGUGCGUUGAAGGUCUGCAACCAAACGGGACAAUCGUAGUGAAAGAAAAUAACACACCUACAGACACCGAUGAUUUCGACGAGACAGACUCCUCGGUUACAAGAUCAGACGCUAAAUUCAAGCAACUUUUUGAUGAAGCCGGCCUAAAGCUUAUUGCCAGUGAAAGACAACGUGGGUUGCCAAGAGAGCUGUACCCAGUGAGAAUGUACGCACUCAAGCCCGCCUCCGACUAG